GCGAGACUGGAUCAAUGUCAACUGUCUACACUCCUCUCUGAAAGGAACAAACGAGUGUGGGAGAGAGUGAGAGUGAGAAAAAGAUAGAGAAAUACGGAUCUUUACUCCUGUCUUAAAGGGACAGGAUCCACCAGGUUUCCAGGAUGCUGUGACCCUGGUCAGGGGUUUAGGUCAUCGGUCAGGGUUUAAGGGAUCAGGUUAUGUUUGGGGACAUGAUGUGUUCCCCAGUGGGGUCUCGGUCUCCGGUCGACAGCGCUGGGAACAGUGAGGAAGAGAUUGACCAACACCGGAGGCCACGUAGAGGCACCAGAAAACAGUGGACAAGCCGAAGGAGACCGAGGGAGCAGGAUGAUGAUGAAGAGGAUGAAGGGAACCAGAAUAUCCAAAGCCCGGGGAAGAAGAGGGGGAAGAGGAGAGGAAGUGACAGAAGUGACUGGAGUGACGUCAGCAGUGUGAGCGGCCUACCCAGGUCUCUGGAGGACACGCAGAAUCAGCGUGUCAUGGCUAACGUACGGGAGCGACAGAGGACCCAGUCACUCAAUCAGGCCUUCGCCUCGCUACGACAGAUCAUCCCCACGCUGCCCUCAGACAAACUCAGCAAGAUCCAGACGCUCAAACUGGCCACGCGGUACAUAGACUUCCUCCAUCACGUGCUGCAGGGCGAGGGGAUGGGCCUGGAUUUGGACGAGGAGCAUGUGUCAGGAGCAGCCAGCUGUGGUUACGUGGCCCAUGAGCGUCUGAGCUAUGUCUUCUCAGUGUGGAGGAUGGAGGAGGAAGCAUGCUCGGGGUCUGCUACAUCGUACUAGUGCUCCCUCCACUGCAGGGGCACAACCAAACAGGAUUAUCCAAGAGAAUCCAUACUGGUUGGGGUGGUUCAACAUGCUACAACUGGACUGUGGUACACCGGAGAACGCAGGACUAAACGGCCUAGCAUGAUGGAACAUCUCGUAAUGACGAAUGUUAGAGACAUAAACAAAGAUUUUACAACACUUUCUGUACUGUGUAUCUCUAUGGUGGGAGAUAUGCAGGCUUGUUUCUGUGUGCUUGAUUCCAACAAUCUAUAGGCCUUAUAGGGGUCACACAGGGCAGAUAAUAGAUCAAAAACCCAUCCGUGGACAACUGUAGCUCAUUUUGAUCUGUUCUAGACUUCACGCACAGACAUAGAGACUGUCAGAAUGCUCCACAUGACCUCUAUCACAGGAGGUUGGUGGCACCUUAAUUGGGGGAUAAGGGCUCAUGGUAAUGACUAGAGCGGAAU